CAGGAGCAACUUGGGGACGGGCCGUGUCAGGAUUGACUCUAGGGCUGUGUGGGGCUCACGGUCCCGGAGUUCUGGGGACGGCGGGCUUGGAGGGCGCAGUCCUAGGGCUGCGGCGGCAGGGCGGGGUAGAUGGCGGCGCGAUGGAGCAGCGAGAACGUGGUGGUGGAGUUUCGUGAUUCCCAGGCAACUGCGAUGUCUGUGGACUGUCUUGGGCAGCAUGCAGUGCUUUCUGGUCGCAGAUUCUUAUACAUCGUCAAUCUAGAUGCUCCUUUCGAAGGUCACCGAAAGAUCUCUCGCCAGAGCAAAUGGGACAUUGGAGCUGUGCAGUGGAAUCCUCAUGACAGCUUUGCACACUAUUUUGCAGCUUCGAGUAACCAACGGGUGGACCUUUACAAGUGGAAAGACGGCAGCGGGGAAGUUGGCACAACCUUACAAGGCCACACUCGUGUCAUCAGCGACUUGGACUGGGCAGUGUUUGAGCCAGAUCUCCUGGUUACCAGCUCUGUGGACACCUACAUCUACAUUUGGGAUAUCAAAGACACAAGGAAACCCACCGUUGCACUGUCUGCUGUUGCGGGUGCCUCCCAGGUCAAAUGGAAUAAAAAAAAUGCUAACUGCCUUGCCACCAGCCAUGACGGCGAUGUGCGGAUAUGGGAUAAGAGGAAACCCAGUACAGCAGUGGAAUAUCUAGCAGCCCACCUCUCCAAAAUCCAUGGCCUGGACUGGCACCCAGACAGCGAGCACAUUCUUGCUACCUCCAGUCAAGACAAUUCUGUGAAGUUCUGGGAUUACCGCCAGCCUCGGAAAUACCUCAAUAUUCUCCCUUGCCAGGUGCCUGUCUGGAAGGCCAGAUACACACCUUUCAGCAAUGGAUUGGUGACUGUGAUGGUUCCCCAGCUGCGGAGGGAAAACAGCCUUCUCCUGUGGAAUGUCUUUGACUUGAAUACCCCAGUCCACACCUUCGUGGGGCAUGACGAUGUGGUGCUGGAGUUCCAGUGGAGGAAGCAGAAGGAAGGGUCCAAGGACUAUCAACUGGUGACGUGGUCCCGGGAUCAGACCUUGAGAAUGUGGCGGGUGGAUUCCCAGAUGCAGAGGCUUUGUGCAAAUGACAUAUUAGAUGGUGUCGAUGAGUUCAUUGAGAGCAUUUCUCUUCUGCCGGAACCUGAGAAGACCCUGCACGCUGAAGAUAUAGAUCACCAACACAAUGCAAGCCACGGGGAGGAAGAAGCCCUAAAGGAAGAUCCCCCUAGCAAUCUUCUGGAAGAGAGGAAAUCAGAUCAAUUGGGACUGCCUCAGACCUUGCAGCAGGAAUUCUCCCUGAUCAAUGUACAAAUCCGGAAUGUCAAUGUGGAGAUGGAUGCGGCGGACAGGAGCUGCACAGUGUCUGUACACUGCAGCAGCCAUCGCGUCAAGAUGCUGGUGAAGUUCCCUGCGCAGUACCCAAACAACGCUGCCCCUUCCUUCCAGUUCAUUAACCCCACAACCAUCACAUCCACCAUGAAAGCUAAGCUGCUAAAGAUCCUGAAGGACACGGCCCUGCAGAAAGUGAAGCGUGGCCAGAGCUGCCUGGAGCCCUGCCUGCGCCAGCUCGUCUCCUGCCUUGAGUCCUUUGUGAACCAGGAAGACAGUGCUUCCAGCAACCCGUUCGCACUCCCCAACUCCGUCACACCUCCCUUACCCACAUUUGCACGGGUGACCACUGCCUACGGGUCGUACCAGGACGCCAACAUUCCUUUUCCUAGGACUUCUGGGGCCAGGUUCUGUGGAGCAGGUUACCUGGUAUAUUUCACAAGGCCCAUGACGAUGCAUCGGGCAGUGUCUCCCACAGAGCCGACUCCAAGAUCUCUCUCAGCUUUGUCCGCUUAUCACACGGGCUUGAUUGCGCCCAUGAAGAUCCGCACAGAGGCCCCUGGGAACCUUCGUUUAUACAGUGGGAGCCCCACUCGCAGUGAGAAAGAGCAGGUCUCCAUCAGCUCCUUCUACUACAAGGAGCGGAUGUCUCCUCGCUCUGCCCGGCGGCGUUGGUCCAUACAAGCAAUUAACGACUUCCCGAAAUCAAGGCGAUGGAAAAGUAAGCGUGAGGGAUCGGACUCUGGCAAUCGACAGAUCAAGGCUGCUGGGAAAGUCAUCAUCCAGGAUGUUGCCUGCCUCCUGCCUGUUCACAAAUCACUGGGAGAACUGUACAUAUUGAAUGUGAAUGAUAUUCAGGAAACAUGUCAGAAGAACGCUGCUUCUGCCUUGCUUGUUGGAAGAAAGGAUCUGGUCCAGGUUUGGUCGCUGGCUACAGUAGCUACAGAUCUUUGCCUUGGUCCGAAAUCUGACCCAGAUUUGGAAACACCCUGGGCUCGACAUCCAUUCGGGCGGCAGCUGCUGGAGUCCCUGUUGGCUCAUUAUUGCCAGCUCCGAGAUGUUCAGACGCUGGCGAUGCUCUGUAGCGUGUUCGAAGCCCAGUCUCGGCCUCAGGGGAUACCAAACCCCUUUGGGCCUUUUCCCAACCGUUCUUCUAAUCUUGUGGUAUCCCAUAGUCGAUAUCCUAGCUUUACCUCUUCUGGUUCCUGCUCCAGUAUGUCAGACCCAGGGUUCAACACGGGCAGCUGGAACAUAGCGGGAAGAGAGGCAGAGCACUUGUCUUCCCCUUGGGGAGAAUCCUCACCAGAAGAGCUCCGCUUUGGGAGUCUGACCUACAGUGAUCCCCGUGAGCGAGAACGUGAUCAGCAUGAUAAAAAUAAAAGGCUCCUGGACCCUGCCAAUGCCCAGCAGUUUGAUGACUUUAAAAAAUGCUAUGGGGAAAUCUUGUACCGUUGGGGUCUAAGAGAGAAGCGAGCUGAAGUGCUGAAGUUUGUCUCCUGUCCUCCGGACCCUCACAAAGGGAUUGAGUUUGGCGUGUACUGCAGCCACUGCCGGAGCGAGGUCCGUGGCACGCAGUGUGCCAUCUGCAAAGGCUUCACGUUCCAGUGUGCCAUCUGCCACGUGGCUGUGCGCGGAUCGUCCAAUUUCUGCCUGACCUGCGGACACGGUGGCCACACCAGCCACAUGAUGGAGUGGUUUCGAACCCAGGAGGUGUGUCCCACUGGGUGUGGGUGCCACUGCCUGCUUGAAAGCACAUUCUGACCCUACAGACCAUGGGUGUUGUCUGAAAUCCCAGAGGACCCAUAAAUGCCGGUGACAAGCUGCUGCCAGGGGCAAGGCUCCAGAACCAGGGUUCAUCCCCAGUGAGACGGGAGCAUGGUUCCCCAGGAUGUGGAGCAUCAGCUCCUGGCAGGCCUCUGCCUUCUCUUCUGUUUGCUGCCUGGCGUGGAUGUCAGUGUGGGAAGAUGAGGGCAGACGUGGGCAGAAGUGCAGAGCUGUGCUUUGUGUGUCGUCUCUGUCGGCUCAGCUACCAAGAUGGAAGUUUUCAUGGAGAAAAGCCCCGGUUCCAGGGCUGAUGUUCCCCUUCAAGGUGUUAGCCUUAAAACACCAAGCGGCAUUCUCCUGAUGCCAAUGUGGAGACCAGAGUCAGAUGGAAAAAUGGUCCCCUGAGCCCGAGGACAGUGGGUAGGAAUUUAAUCAACAAGUGUGCCUAAGGCAUCCUGGCUUUAGAACCUGGUACAUUUAAUGAGUUGAUGGACCGUGGCCUUCUAAAAUAUGAUACUUCAAUUGUAAAUAUGCAGUGUACUUAGGGAUUCUUAAGAUGUAUUUUUUUGUAUAUUAUUUCUCCUCCAGCUGCUAUUCCUUGGCUAAUAAAAUUCUAGUAAUUAUUUGAAAAAAAAAAAAAAAAAAGAAUGUUAAACAACAUUUUGGUGAAUCAUUUUUUUACCUACUUCUAAUUGAAGGUAGCUAUUUUGAAUAGGACCAAAGACAGUGCU